UGCCCGAAGACUCCGCCUUCCCAAGAGCCCCUGCGGCGGGGCGCGAAGAUGGCGGCAUCGGCCAGACAACCUUAAAGCAGCGGCAAUGGAGCCUCCCUCGUCGCCGGGGCCGGAGCGGCUCUUUGAUUCGCACCGGCUCCCGGGUGACGGCUUCCUGCUCCUCGCGCUACUACUCUACGCUCCAGUCGGGUUCUGCCUCCUCGUCCUGCGCCUGUUUCUUGGGAUCCACGUCUUCCUGGUCAGCUGCGCGCUACCAGACAGUGUCCUUCGCAGGUUCGUGGUGCGGACCAUGUGUGCGGUGCUGGGGCUCGUGGCCCGGCAGGAGGACUCUGGACUCCGGGAUCACCGUGUCAGGGUCCUCAUUUCCAACCACGUGACACCUUUCGACCACAACAUAGUCAAUCUGCUCACCAGCUGUAGCACCCCUCUACUCAAUAGUCCCCCAAGCUUUGUGUGCUGGUCUCGGGGCUUUAUGGAGAUGGAUGGUCAGGGGGAGUUGGUGGAGUCACUCAAGAGAUUCUGUGCUUCAACACGGCUUCCCCCUACCCCUCUGCUGCUAUUCCCCGAGGAAGAAGCCACCAAUGGCCGGGAGGGGCUCCUGCGCUUCAGUUCCUGGCCGUUUUCUAUCCAGGAUGUGGUACAGCCUCUUACCCUGCGAGUCCAGAGACCCCUUGUCUCUGUGACGGUGUCAGAUGCCUCCUGGGUCUCAGAACUGCUGUGGUCACUUUUCGUCCCUUUCACGGUGUAUCAAGUAAGGUGGCUCCGUCCAGUUCAUCGACAGCUGGGGGAGGGGAGUGAAGAGUUUGCCCUCCGUGUACAACAGCUGUUGGCCAAAGAAUUGGGCCAGACAGGGACACGACUCACUCCAGCAGACAAAGCAGAGCACAUGAAGCGACAGAGACACCCCAGAUUGCGCCCUCAGUCAGCCCAGUCUUCUUUCCCUCACUCCCCUGGCCCUUCUCCUGAUGUGCAUCUGGCAAGUCUGGCUCAGAGAGUGAAGGAGGUUUUACCCCAUGUUCCACUGGGCGUCAUCCAGAGAGACCUAGCCAGGACUGGCUGUGUAGACUUGACCAUCACUAAUCUGCUUGAGGGAGCCGUGGCUUUCAUGCCUGAAGACAUCACUGAGGGGACCCAGUCCCUUGCCACAGCCUCUACUCCCAAGUUCCCCAGCUCUGGCCCGGCAACCCCUCAGCCCACAGCCCUAACAUUUGCCAAGUCCUCCUGGGCCCGGCAGGAGAGUCUACAGGAGCGAAAGCAGGCGCUGUAUGAAUAUGCAAGAAGUGUCUUCUUGUGUCCCACAGGCGAUUCACAGAGAGGCAGGCCCAGGAGGCUGACUGAGUACAGCAUGGCACCCAGAGCCGCAGGACGGAGGCUGGGGCAGCCUCACCCGCCUCACAGCAGGCCGAUGGGUGGGCGCUGAAGGGAGGAGUGGGGCUCCCCCCAGCAUCACAUUAAAUGCAGGGUUUGCACUCAC